AUGUACUGGGGGUUACUGGUCUGUACUGGGAACGGGGAUACUGGUCGAACUGGUGGGCUUCCCCCUUUGUGCCGCCUGCUGUACCCCGUGGGCAUCACCGUGCAGCGCUACCCGGCCACCGACGUGGUGCUCCACAACUACCGCGUGCCGGCGGGGACGCUGUGCCAGGUGGCGCUCUACGCCAUGGGGCGCUGCCCCGACGUCUUCCCGCACCCUGAGCGCUACGACCCGCGGCGCUGGCUCGGCAAGGACGACACCACCUUCAAGGCCUUGGCCUUCGGCUUCGGCGCGCGCCAGUGCAUCGGCCGGCGGCUGGCCGAGGCCGAGAUGAUGCUGUUCCUCGUGCACGUCCUGAGCAACUUCAGCAUCGAGGCCGUGUCCAGCGAGGACGUCCCCACCGUGUUCCGCUUCAUCCUCAUGCCCGAGAAAUCGCCGCUGCUGACCUUCCUCGCCCUCGAGUGACCAGCGGUCACUCACCGGUCACUCAGGGGUCACUGGGGUCACUCAGUGGUCACUGGGGUCACUGGGGUCACUCAGUGGUCACUCAGUGGUCACUCAGUGGUCACUGGGGUCACUGGGGUCACUGGGG